CAUCCCCACACGCCCACACAUAUAUAAGCAGACUUUGAGUUAAGGGUGGUAUAUCUCUCUCUGUGACUGUGACAUUGUUCGCCGGCGGGCUUCUUCUUCUUUCCGGCAGAGCGAUGGACUCUUUUCCUGCGGGCGCCGUCACUCUCAUUCUCUCUCUCUUGCUCAUCCUCCUUUCCGCCUCCACUGAGGCCCACAACAUCACCCGGAUCCUGGCCAAGCACCCCCAGCUCUCCACCUUCAACCACUACCUAACCGUCACCCACCUCGCUGCCGAGAUUAACCGCCGCCAGACCAUCACAGUCUGCGCCGUCGACAACGCCGCCAUGUCUGACCUCCUCUCAAAAAGCUACUCCCUCUCCACCAUCAAGAACAUCCUCUCCCUCCACGUCUUCGCCGACUACUUCGGCUCCAAGAAGCUCCACCAGAUCACCAAGGGCUCCACCCUCACCGCCACCAUGUUCCAGGCCACCGGCGAGGCCUCCGGAAACUCCGGCUACGUCAACAUCACCGAUCUCAAGGCCGGCAAGGUGGGUUUCGGCGCGGUCGACAACGACGGCCAACUCACCUCCACCUACGUCAAAUCCGUCGAGGAAAUGCCGUACAACAUCUCGGUGAUCCAAAUCAGCCAUGUGCUUACCUCCCCGCAGGCUGAAGCUCCGACGGCGGCGCCGGGCCAGCUCAACCUGACGACUCUGAUGGCGAAGCAGGGGUGCAAGGAAUUUGGAGACUUGUUGAAGGGGUCGGAGGCGAUGGACACCUUCAACGAGAACCUGGACGGAGGGUUGACGGUGUUCUGUCCCAGCGGCGAUGCUCUGAAGUCGUUCAUGCCCAAGUAUAAGAACUUGACGGCCGCCGGAAAGACGUCUGUAUUGUUGUACCACGGGGUUCCGGCUUAUCAGUCUAUGCAGACCCUGAAAUCGAGCAAUGGAUUGAUGAACACGCUUGCGACGGACGGAGCGAACAAGUUCGAUUUCACAGUGCAGGUCGACGGGGAAGACGUGGCAUUGAAGACGAAGGUGGUUACGGCGUCGGUGACCGGAACGUUGGUCGACGAAGAGCCGCUGAUUAUAUAUAAGAUUGACAAGGUGUUGUUGCCCCGAGAGCUGUUUAAACCGGCGGCGCCGGCGCCGGCUCCCAAGGCGGAGAAGGACUCGGAAGACGCGCCUGCCCCGGACGACUCCGGCAACGCAACGGCGGACGAAACUGCCAGUGACAACGGCUCGGUUGGAUUAUACGGCGGGUGGUUAACGGCGGCUUUGAGCUUGUGCUUGGGAGUGUCGGUGGUGGUUUGAGGUUUGAUUUGGACAGCGUGUUCACCGGUGGUAGCAUGGGGUUUCCGUGCUAUCGUCUUGAAAUAAUCAUUGAUAUUCCACAGAUAAAAGCCACAAUUUUUUUUUUUAAAUUUUCAGAUUGAUUUUUUUUUUAGUUAUUUCAUUAUUAUCUUGUUUUUUAAUUUCCCUUGUAAUUAUUUGUCAUUUUGUAAUAAAUAUAUAAUGCACAUGUUUUGUAUCUUCCCAAACAAAGAAUAGUACUUUUU